AUGGCGCGGCGCCUGCAGCCCCGGGGCGCGGGCACAAAGGGCCCGCCCGCCACGGCCGCCGUGGCCCCGGGGGCCGCCCGGCACCCACGCUCCGCCGCCUCCGGGCGCAGCCCCGCGUCGGCCAAGCCGCUGCUGCGCUGGGACGAGGUGCCCGACGACUUCGUGGAGUGCUUCAUCCUGUCGGGCUACCGGCGUCUGCCGUGUACGGCGCAGGAGUGCCUGGCCUCGGUGCUGAAGCCCACCAACGAGACGCUCAACUUCUGGACGCACUUCAUCCCGCUGCUGCUGUUCCUGAGUAAGUUCUGCCGCCUGCUCUUCCUGAGCGGCCGCGACGUGCCCUUCCACCACCCCUGGUUGCUGCCGCUGUGGUGCUACGCGUCGGGGGUGCUGCUGACCUUCGCCAUGAGCUGCACGGCGCACGUGUUCAGCUGCCUGUCGCUGCGCCUGCGCGCCGCCUUCUUCUACCUGGACUACGCGUCCAUCAGCUACUACGGCUUCGGCAGCACGGUGGCCUACUACUACUACCUGCUGCCCGGCCUGAGCUUGCUGGACGCCGGAGUCAUGACCCCGUACGUGCAGCAGCGCCUGGGCUGGCACGUGGACUGCACUCGCCUCAUCGCCGCCUACCGCGCGCUGGUGCUGCCUGUGGCCUUCGUGCUGGCCGUGGCCUGCACCGUGGCUUGCUGCAAGAGCCGCACGGACUGGUGCGCCUACCCGUUCGCGCUGCGCACCUUCGUCUUUAUCAUGCCGCUAAGCAUGGCCUGCCCCAUCAUGCUGGAGAGCUGGCUCUUCGACCUGCGCGGCGAGAACCCCACGCUCUUCGUGCACUUCUAUCGCCGCUACUUCUGGCUGGUGGUGGCCGCCUUCUUCAACGUGAGCAAGAUCCCCGAGCGCAUCCAGCCGGGCCUCUUCGACAUCAUCGGCCACAGCCACCAGCUCUUCCACAUCUUCACCUUCCUCAGCAUCUACGACCAGGUGUACUACGUGGAGGACGGCCUGCGCCAGUUCCUCCAGGCGCCGCCCGCUGCGCCCACCUUCUGGGGCACCGUGGGCUAUAUGCUGCUGCUGGUAGUCUGUCUGGGGCUGGUCAUCAGGAAGUUCCUCAACAGCUCCGAGUUCUGCAGUAAAAAGUCUUGCCAAGGGGAGAAAUGGUAG